AAUCCGGCAUAAAAAGCCUCCCGGCUCCCCCCCUCCUUUAGCAUUGUGUCAUGGAAAAACAAGCUUCUUUCUCAAACUGCACCAAAAAUCAUCGCCUGUGUCGUUCAGGAAGUCGCAGUGCGCCGACUUCACAGCAGUCGUUCGACACGGGAGCUCCAAGUCCAAGACGGAGGGGUGGAUAUCGACCAACAUGGUGCUGGAAUCAUGGACCGCGAGGGUCGCCCUCGGCUUGCUGGCGGCUUUGCUGGCAUAUCUCUGGAAAAUCAACCGCGCCAUGUCGACGAUCUAUCCUGAGGCUCUGCGGGUGUCGCCGGAUCGAUGGACGCCAGAGAAAAUCAAGCGUACAUUUGAGCGCAUGGAGAAACAGCCCAUUGACUGGACGCCGCACUUGCCGCCGAAAUUGGAUCGACGAUACAUCAUUGUUGGAGGCUCUGGCCUGGUUGGAGGACAGCUGGCCAUUCAGCUCAUUGCGCGUGGCCAUCCACCAGAGGCUAUCCGAAUCAUUGACUUCCGUAACCCUGGCCGUGACGACAUGAGUGAGGGACCGAUAUCUAGAGUUGAUUUUGCUCAAGCCGACAUAUCUUCCGAAUCGGCAACCUCUGCCGCAUUCGGCAGAUCGUGGCCACAGUCGGUAGCACAACUUCCGUUGACCGUAUUCCAUACCGCCGCCGUCAUUCGUCCUUCGGAGCGUAGCCAGCUAGUCUACGACCGUUGCUCCCUCGUCAACACCAAAGGAACCGCACAUGUGCUUGCCGCAGCCAAGGCUGCAGGAGCAGAUGUUCUCGUCUUUACAUCGUCUUGCAGUGUGGCGUUGAAACCCACCAAAUUCUUCAAUGCUCCGUGGAGUCGGUGGCCGACAAACUUUUUCCAAGUCCUCGAUGAAGUAGACUUCAAGAAGCCGCUGCGUUCUCACGAAGAGUUCUUUGCCAACUAUGCAAGGAGCAAGGCUGAAGCUGAGCGGAUCGUCUGCAGCGCGAAUAAGGUGCCGCAAGAUCCCACACAGGCAGGGGGCUUCCGCACCGGAGCCAUCCGGCCGGGGAAUGCCAUUUACGGCCACAAAGACGAUUACCUGGUUGGAGCGACGGUACGCAUGGCCAGUUUCCCUACCUUCACUGCGCCCUUUAUGCAGAAUUGGGUCCAUGGAGCCAACGUGGCUCUGGCACAUCUGCAGUAUGAAGCAGCUCUGCUCGGCCCCCACGCGCACAAAGUGGCUGCCCGCCCAUUUCUUGUCACAGAUGGAGGGCCGCCUCCGGUAUUCAAGGACUUCUACACACUUGUGCAGUCGGCCAGCGUGACACCCUUUCACGUGCAGUACCCGCCGCCACUGAUAUUGCUGCUCUUGGCCCAUUGUAUCGAGGCUUAUUGCUUGUUACUUUGGCGUGUGCCAGCGUUACAGAAGAUCUUCUCGGAACCCGGAUUGCCGUUGUACAUGUUGCAACCUGCCUCCGUGGCUGGUGCCAUCAAUGCCAUUAUCAACGAUGCUGACGCUCGUCGACGACCGGAGGAGGGUGGUUUGGGAUAUCAGGCGAAGUGCACGACCAUGGAGGGACUGUGUAUGCAGCUUGGCGCAUGGAAUCGGUGGGUAAAGAGCGACGGCGAGAAAGUCAGAAGCGAAAAGGGCAUCGUCAAGGAUGUGCUCGAGAUUGGAGUCGAGCCUGUCGCGAGGAGAGCAUGAGAUCAUAGAACACCAGCUGUGCGGUCGACUGCUGGAGAUCGCUAUUCGUGUAUGUCGAUGGAAGUCGGAAUAUAGCUUCGACGACGAAUUCCACAGUGGGGAAUGACCGAGUUUUGCAGGCGCCGUGCUUAGGAAAAACAUGUACUCCGUAGCUCUUCUAAGAGAAUCAUGCGGCUUCCCGUCGUUGACAAUCGCUUGGCAGUGUCUUGUUCCAAGC